UUAUUAAGUUUGGCCGCAUUUGGCCGUUCGUUCGUUCAUUGACAUCUAUGGGCGUGACAUCAACAAAAGUUCAAUAUUUUUGAUUUUAGAUUUCAAAUUAAAAUAGUAAUUUAUCAUGGUUAAAUCUAAAACAGGGUUAUUUGCCCUGGGGUUUUUCAUAGUCGCGUCAUUAUUUGUGAUAAUUUCUUUUAUUAGUCCUUAUUGGCUAGUAACAGACGGCAAACUUAAAAACCCAAAGUUUAUAAAAAUUGGACUAUGGGAAGUGUGUUUCAAUGGUUUUGAAGAGGUCCAUCAUUGGUACGACACGGUAUUUACUGGUUGCUGGUGGAUAUUCGAAGAGGAAUACUACAUAAUUCACGAUGUGCUUCUACCUGGUUUCUUCAUAGCAACACAAUUCUUUUUUACCAUUACUAUGUGUUGUGUUAUUUUGUCAAUGUUUUUGUCUUACCUGUAUAUGAAGAAAGACAGAGAUGAUGACAAAUACCUUACACUCCUGGUCACUUUGGGCACAGUUCUUGUUAUUGGAGGGUUCUCUGGAAUUAUCUCUGUGGUAACAUUUGGUGCCCGUGGUGAUGGACGUGACUGGAUGCCUAACUGGGAACACAAUGACCUGGGUUGGGCAUUUGCUCUUGGAGUUGUAGGUGUUGUUCUACUUUUGCCUGCAGGAAUACUGUUCUUGGUGGAAGCAAGGGUACAAAAGUAUAAGAGACUUCAUGAAAUGCAGAGCAGGGAACCAUCAUCUUAUACCAUGCAUGAGAGGAAGGUUGGGUAUGCUGGUGGACAUACUGACAUAUAGAUAUUAGGCAUCUUUUUAUACAAAAUAAUGACUCCGUCCCAUCAGAUCUGCAACUUUUAUUACACUAAUUUUAUGUUAUAUUUUGAUUAAUACAUAUUUAUGUAGUAAACAAUUAACGUUAUAACUAAUUAUUUUGAACUAUUUAUAUUUGAAAUGAUGCCUCAACAAUGAAAUUGUCCGUCCAAAAUAUUUUACAUUUUAUAACUUGUAGUUUAGACUGAGUAUACAUUAUAUGUAAGUUUUUACAACAGUAGUGCUUUAUUCUAAUAGAAAUAGAGCAUUUUAGAUUAAGCUACUAACUUUAUUAUAGAUAAAUUGAUUAUAAGACCAAAUCAAACAAUAAAUACUACACAUAGCUUCUAGAAAGCUUUAAGAAUGAGAAUGGCACAAGCAUUUAUUAUUAUUUUGGUACCAUACUCUGUUAAAUUUUCUCUAAUUUUAUUUUACAAUUUCAGAAUAAAAAAAUAGAAUCUCACUGCUAUAAUGAUGUACCUGGUGGUAUUACCAUUUAUAAAUAACAAAUACAUACAUUAUGUCAGAUCUAAAACCUCAGAUAAGCAUAUACAUUAAUAUACCUACAUAUUAUCUUAUUAUACCAGCAGUAUGUACUUUCCUAACCAAAUUUUGUAAUGGAAUGUAAAUCAUGCUAUUUGCACCAGUAACAAAUAAAUAAUUUAAGAACUUGAAUCUUUUUAUAUGU